CCUCUGUGUCGGCCCGGACUCGGCCGGAGAUACUAUUGCAAUAUAUUUAGCUAACUUGUGGGCUACGGCCCCGGGGGAUUGCGUGCGCGCAAGUACGCGGGUAUAUUGCGAGGCAUUGUGUGGCGGCUGCCCGCUGGCCAUGGGGCAGCGCCAGUGCUGUGGGGUACGUGUGUGGUUCUUUCUAGCGCUGGGAACAGCGCGCGGAGACGAGCGAGACAGGCAUGUAUGCGGCCCGCUCAGCUUCGAGCUGGACGGCGUGGUGCACUAUUUGUCCGCGACGCGGAUGGAAGCGCCGCACGCGGCCGCGGCGUUCGCGCGGCGCGUGGGCCCGACGUUCUUCGGCGGCGGCUGCGCGGCGGGCGACACGCGCUGUGUUGCCGAGGCGCUCGUGGCGGACCUUCUAGCCGCGUGCGGCGACGACGAGGUCGAGACGCGCAUCGCGCCAAUGGGCGGAUCGGAGUACGAGUGGUGGUUUGCGGAGCAAGACGACACCGGGCGCGGCACGAUGAAGGUGCGCCACUACCUCGACGCCUACGAGCGCCACUUUGCCCUGGCGCGCGCACGCGCGCGCGCGGGACGGCGCGUCGCCCUCCUUGAGCUCGGCGUGCAGUCGGGCGGGUCGCUGGACAUGUGGCGCGCGGUCCUCGGCCCGAGCGCCGAGAUCCACGGCGUCGACGUCGACCCGCGCUGCGCGCGGUCGCACGACCCGGCCGCUGGGACCUUUGUGUGGAUCGGCGACGCUGGCAACGCGACGUUCCUGGCGCACGUCCUGGCGGCGGCCGCGCCACUCGACGUCGUCUUGGACGACGCAUCGCACCGCAGCGAAGACAUGAUCGCCGCCUUCGAGGCGCUCUACCCGUCCGUGCGGCCCGACGGCGGUGUCUACGCCAUCGAGGACGUCGUGACGAAUUACUGGCCCUACUACGACCGCGUGCGGGCGGAGGACGGCCUCAGUUUCGUAGAGUUUGCCAAGCGCAAGGUCGACGAACUGAAUGCCUGGAACAGCGAGCCGCGCGUACGCGGCGCCCGGCGAGAUCGUUGCCUUACGCCUCCCCUGCGUCAUCGGCGUAAUGGUGAUUCGCACAGGCACGGUGGCGCGCCGGUGACGGAUUUCACGCGGAACACGAGCUCGUUGCACUUCUACGACGGCAUCGUCUUCUUCGAGAAGCGACCGCACCCGAUGUGGACGCGCAUUGCAGUCGGCACCGACACGCUAGACUACGCGUUCAACAUGAACUCAGGGACGGCCGGGGAAGCCGGAAUGGGCACGGUCACGUGAGUGUGAGCAAUGCCGAAUCGUGGAACAUGGGUGUGUGUAAUAAUGUUAAUCCCUAGC